GUGUCUCUGUUUGCCCAUCUCUGCUGUUGGAGAGCUCGGCCCCAUGAUUUUUUGUCCUUAUACGUUACGUUGUUACAGCACAUCAAAGUUUCCCUCGUCGCUGCCAAUUUUGUGAAGAUGGUCUCCAUCACUUCAGUCGAAUUGAAUUAUCUUGUCUUUCGUUACCUCAACGAAUCAGGUUUCACACAUUCUGCUUUUGCUUUAGGAUAUGAGGCAGGGAUUAAUAAAAGUCCUAUUGAUGGCAAUUUAGUUCCACCAGGUGCUCUUGUUACAUUUGUACAAAAAGGUCUUCAAUACCUUGAGCUGGAAUCAAACUUGAGUACUAGUGAUGGUGAUGCGGAUGACUUCUCCUUCUUACAACCUCUGGAUCUUCUAACUAAGGAUGUCUAUGAACUACGGCAAAUCAUAAGAGAGAAAAAAGAACAUCUUCAAAAGGAGAAAGAGACCGAUAAAGAAAAAGAAAAGGAAUAUGACCGGGAAUGUGAACGGGAACAAACACGAGAAAGAGAGAAGGAAAGACUGGAAAAAGAAAAAAUAGAAAAAGAUAAGGAGCAUGAAAAGGAAAAGGAAAAGGAAAAUGAAAAAGAAAAGGAAAAGGAGAAGCAGAAUAAAGAUAAUGCUGAUAGAGAACCAGUCAGAGAUCGUGAAGAGAAGAUCAAUGUCAAGCCUGAAGAUAAUGGAGUUGGUGGAGGGCUGGAGCCAAUGGAUAUAUGUACUAGUUCUCCAUCUGUCCCUUGUGAAAUUUCAGCAUCAGAUGUAACUAUUUUGGAAGGACAUACUUCUGAGGUUUUUUUUUGCGCAUGGAGUCCAGUAGGUUCACUUCUAGCAUCAGGGUCUGGAGAUUCAACAGCACGGAUUUGGUCAAUCCCAGAUGGGCCUUGUAGCUCUAGUAUGCAGAGUGGGCCUCCAAAUGUACUAGUCUUGAAACAUUUUAAGGGUAGAACUCUUGAGAAAAGCAAGGAUGUCACUACACUUGAUUGGAAUGUAGAGGGAACACUACUUGCAACAGGGUCUUAUGAUGGGCAAGCAAGAAUAUGGAGUAGAGAUGGGGAGCUGAGGAGUACAUUAAACAGACACAAAGGACCCAUCUUCUCUCUAAAGUGGAACAAGAAGGGUGAUUGUCUUCUUAGUGGCAGUGUUGAUAAAACAGCCAUUGUGUGGGAUGUGAAGACAGGGGAAUGGAAGCAACAGUUUGAAUUUCAUUCAGCUCCAACACUUGAUGUUGACUGGAGAAACAAUGUCUCCUUCGCAACGUGCUCGACAGACAACAUGAUUUAUGUUUGCAAGGUUGGAGAGAAUUAUGCCAUUAAGACUUUUUCAGGGCAUCAGGGAGAAGUUAAUGCUAUCAAGUGGGAUCCAACUGGCUCAUUGUUAGCUUCUUGCUCUGAUGAUUUCACUGCAAAGAUAUGGAGUAUGAAGCAUGACAAGUAUGUGCAUGAUUUGAGGGAGCAUGUCAAGGAGAUAUAUACCAUCAGAUGGAGCCCUACGGGGCCAGGUACCAACAAUCCCAAUCAGCAGUUAGUUCUGGCAAGUGCAUCCUUUGACUCAAGAAUUAAGCUUUGGGAGGUGGAGCAUGGGAAUCUUCUCUAUAGCUUAAACGGUCACAGGGACCCUGUAUAUUCUGUUUCGUUUAGCCCAAACGGGGAGUAUUUGGCGAGUGGAUCUCUAGAUAAAUGCAUGAACAUCUGGUCAACUCGAGAUGGGAAGCUUGUAAAAACGUACACCGGUAAUGGUGGCAUAUUUGAAGUCUGCUGGAACAAAGAAGGUGACAAAAUCGCUGCCUGUUUUGCCAACAACACUGUCUGUGUGAUGGAUUUCAGAAUGUAGUGAGCUUAACUUCUCCAGGAGUGCCAUUGUGAUGCAUUUGCUGAAUGGUGGCAAUCAUAUAUUGUGUGAAAUGCAUUCAUGAAUCGUUAUGAAGAAGUUAAGCUAGACCAGCUCUGGUAUGCUAAUUGCCUCACUGUUUUAAUGUUUCCAUUAACUUUUUGGUUCAUGCUCAAAUAUUCUAAUUCUCAUGAAUGAUCAGACUUGCUUUCCACAGUAGAAAUGCCAGAAGCUGAUUCUGACCACCAGUACAGCUUAAUAUUUUUAACAGUAGAUAGAUCUGAACCUGUUUAGAUGAA